AUGCCGCCAAAGGUGCUGACCAAAAAUGGCGACCGCGGUGUCUUACCUGUCACCUCUACGGCGCGCGCUGCAGCGAAGGCACCGGCCCCGCGACUGAAGUUGGAAAUACGCCGUCUGCCGCCCGGCUUGACGCUGAGUGAAUUCGAGGAUGUCAUGGGCGAGGAUUGGAAGCUGGGCAACGGCAAGGUCGACUGGCGCGAAUAUCGACAAGGCAAAGUCAAGCAGGGCCUGGGCAAAGUCGCAGAGCAGAGCAGAUGCUACCUCCAUGUCGUCAAUGAGGCUCUAGUGAAGGAGCUGGAGGCACGAUUCCUCGCCGUCACCUUUCAUGACAGCGCGGGCACGCAUAAGAAUCCGGACCUCCGACAUCUUCCGCCCACUAUGGGAUUCGCCAUGAUGCAGCGCAUUCCGACGAACAGCAAAAUCCGUGCAGACAAUCGCCAGGGCACCAUUGACACUGAUGCCGAAUUCAUUGCAUUCCUUGAGGCCGAGACCCAGCCUAUCGUCAAGCCCGCAGCGCUCGRUAGCGUCAACCUGGACAAGGAUAGCACGGAGAAAGUUAAAGUCAAGACAACGCCGCUGAUCGAUGCCAUUCGCGAGAAGAAAGCCAACAAGGCAAAGGCAGCCGCGACCAAGGAUGACAAGAAGGAUGCCAAGGGUCAUGCGCGAAAGGACAGCAAGGAGGCUACUGUUGUGGCAAAAGAAGGCAAAGGUGGUAAGCCACAACAGCAGAAGGUGGAGCAAGCUUCAAAGGAGGCUGUCAAAGCACUGAAUAAGCAGGUCGCUGCAAGUAAACAGCAGCCACAGCAGCGAGCUGCAUCGCCUCAACAGCCGAUAGCCAAGGGCCCGGCAGUAGCAGGGAAAGCCAAGAAGGCGGGUCCAAGUUCCAAAGCACAAACAGCCGCUCAGCCACAACCAGCAAUCCCAACAGCGCCCGCAGCUGCGACAGCGUCCCAGAGUCCUGGGGCACAACGCCAGCGUCAACGUGGGAACAACGCGGAGGGGAUCAAAAAGAUGCUGCAAAAAGAUCUCGGCAUCAAACCGAAGCCCACACCAGCGGGACAGAAGGGCACAGUCGCUGGAGCUAGACCUGCCACUCCUGCUACAGGGAGCGCCAGAGACAAAGAGAAACCUUCAACAGCGCCAAACACCCCUUCAGGAAACACCCCUAAGAUUCCCACCGGCCCCAAGCAGCAGUCGCAGGCACAGCACAGUGUCGCUGCGCAGUCGUCUAGCAACAUUUCAACCACGAAAGCGUAUCUCAAACAUGCGAACCCAAGUCAAGGCAUGACAGAGAUCCUCAUCCAACAGGUGCUUUCUAAGUACGGCGAUGUUGCAAAUGUGACGAUAGACCCUCGAAAAGGUACCGCAAUUGCCAUAUUCAGAUCACCGGACGGGCUGAAGAAGGCGUUGGAAGCAAAAAAGGUUCCUGUAGCUAAUGGCAGCGUUGAACUCUUGGAAUUUAAAGACCGCAAUGGUGGUGGAAACGCAGGCAGUGGAGGUGGCGGCGGAGCUCGGGGUGGAUUCAGGGGAGGACGAGGCGGCGGCAGAGGUGGUAGAGGCGGAGGGAAUGCCGGUGGCGGACAAAGUGCCGCUUCGGUCAAAGCCGCGGCCAAGCCUGAAGGAGGAGUCUAA